GAUAUUAACGAUAAUAAUAUUCAAGAAGAAAAAGCUAGUACUCCUAAUUUUAAUGAAGAAUAUAAACAAAAUUCACAUGAGGGCCAAGAAAAAAAUUUAGAGAUGAAUGAGGUAUCAAAUUCAAUUCUUAUCAAUAUUUAUGAUCCUGGACAAUGGAAAUAUAUUGAUCAAAAUUUUAUAGAUCUAAUAGUUAAAAAAGGUCCAAUUAAAUAUGAAGAAGUAGAUUUUCCUAAAGAUGAAAAUAAUAGACACUUUUCUACAUCAUAUUACAUUAAAAAAUUGUCAAAUGGAGAAAAACAUGAAAGAAGGUGGUUAGUUUACUCAAAAGAUUUAGAUAGAGUUUAUUGCUUUUGUUGCAAAUUAUUUACUUUAAAAUCUAGUACAAGUCAGAUAGUUAACGAAGGUACUAGAGAUUGGAAAAAUCUUGGAUAUAAAAUUAAAAAUUAUGAAACAAGUCAUGAACAUAUCACUAAUAUGUGUAAAUGGAUGGAUUUAGAAGUAAUAUUACAAAAAAAGACAAUAGAUAAAAACGUUCAAGAACAAAUUAAUAAAGAAAAAGAACACAGGAAAAAAGUUUUGCUAAGACUUAUUGCUAUAGUAAAACAUCUAUCAAAAAAUAAUCUUGCAUUUCGAGGAACAAAAGAAAAGAUAUAUGAAAAAAAUAAUGGAAACUUUUUAAGCUUAGUUGAAAUGAUAGCAGAAUUUGAUCCCAUAAUGCAAGAACAUGUUAAACGUAUACAAGAAGGUGAAAUUCAAAAUCAUUAUCUUAGUCAUAAAAUACAAAAUGAACUAAUAGAGUUGCUAGCUUCUGAAAUUAAAAAAAUGAUCAUUAAAAAAAUAAAAGAAGCAAAAUAUUUUUCAGUUAUCCUUGAUUGUACUCCAGAUGCAAAUCAUCAAGAACAAAUGACUCUUAUUUUAAGAUGUGUUGAUACUUCAACAAGUCCAAUAAAGAUUGAAGAAUACUUUUUAGAGUUUUUAAAAGUAGAUAAUACUUCGGGGAAAGGCCUUUUUGAUGAACUUUUAAAUAUUUUGAAAAACUAUGAACUUGAUGUUAAUGAAAUAAGAGGGCAAGGUUAUGAUAAUGGAUCUAAUAUGAAAGGAAAACACAAUGGAUUAUCCGUUAAAUCUUUAUCUCAAACUAGAUGGGAAAGUCGGAUUGAAAGUGUUAAAGCAAUAAAAUUUCAAGCUCCAAAUAUAAGAGAUGCUUUGAUUCAAUUAGCAGAAAUUAGUGAAGAUCCAAUGAUAAAAAAACUUGCUAAUGAAAUGGACGUACAACCUAUAUUUCGUGAAAAACGUAAAAUUCAUAGAAAAAAACAAUUUGAUAAAAAUAUUGGUAAUGAAACAACAUUUAACGCUGAAGAAUCUUUUCGUAUUGAAUAUUUCUUAUACAUAGUUGAUAAAUCGCUUAGCUCAAUUGAAAGUAGGUUUGAACAAUUUAAAACGUAUGAAAUUUUUUUUGGUUUUUUGUUUGAUUUGAAAAAAUUAAAAGCUUUAGAUGAUAUUGAAUUGAAAACAUAUUGUCUUAAUCUCGAAAAUGCACUAAAGCAUGAUGAACAUUUAGAUAUUAAUGGACUUGAUUUGUUUUCAGAAUUGAGAGUGCUUAGGAAAAUUUUAAAAGUAGAGAUUAAUAGUCCAAUUGAAGUGUUGAACUAUAUAAAACGUUUAGAUUCUUUUCCAAAUACUUGUAUUGCUUAUCGUGUAUUAUUGACUAUACCCGUAACAGUUGCUUCCGCUGAAAGAAGUUUUUCAAAAUUAAAAUUACUAAAAUCUUAUUUAAGAUCGACCAUGUUACAAGAUAGAUUAAAUGGUUUAGCAAUAUUAUCUAUCGAAAAUAACAUGUUAGAAAAUAUUGAAUAUAAAACUUUAAUUAGUAAUUUUGUAACUCAAAAGGUAAGAAGAAUGAGAUAA